GCGACCUUGAUGCUGGAGAGUUCGCUGGCCCGCGAGAAUGAACCCGCAGGACCGCGCGCUGUGGGGCCUCCGGCCCUGCGUGAGCGCGUCCAAGGCCCGGGACAUGCUCGCGCUCGAGGACUUUGCCAAGCUCUUCCGCAACGAGGUGCUCAACAUGGUCAGCGCCUUCCUCGCCGACCGCCACUACUCGUUCGCAGGCUUCAAGGGCGCAUGGAAGGCGCAUGGCCUCUCGCGCAUGUACCAGAUCGACUUUGCCACGGUCGCGCGCCCCGAGAUUGUCCACAUGAUGCUGCGCGAGGCCUUGGGUCUCCUCAUCGAGUCGAUUCUUGCCUGCCGCCAUGGCACACGCGAGCGCCAAGACCAGUACGUCGUCGACGCCUUGCGCCUCAAGGUGCUCGGCCAUACGUUCACGCUCUACACGGUCUACCACUGCCAAAGCACGCCCAUCAAGCAAAAGAUCCUCCUCGACAUUGAGUCGGCCAUGCACAUCUCCUUGGCGCAAACCUGGUGCGACGCCUGGGGCGUGCAGUACCCGGACGCAAGCCACGAAGCUCAGACCAUGUUGGUGCGCUUGGACCGCGACCACGCCUUUCUUCGAUGCAUGCAUGGGUACAGCUGGGUGCGCCGCGCGUCGUUCACCGCGCCGCCGCCGGCCGAGCCGGACGAGAUCCCCGAGGUCUUGGCGCCCUUUGAGCCGCUGGAAUUUGACUUGGCGCUCAAGCAUCUCCACGCAAGCUACCAGGAACACAUGAAGCCUUUCCGACCCAAGCCAGGCGCGCCCUCGGCCCGACUGGCUCGACCGACGAUACGCAUUCCGACGAUGCCGCCCGCGCCCAAGCAAGACGAGCUCGAUGCAUUCAUGGACAAGUUUGAGCAAGCAUUUGAGGAGAUGCGCGAGGCGGCUGCUGCGGCCAAUUUGGUGGAAGGCAUGAACCUCGAAGCGCUGGCCUUUGGCGAUAUGCCCGAUGCGGACGGCGUAAACGAGCUCCCCGCGUUUGACGUGCCAGACGACGCGGCAUCCGAGGCAUCCGAGGCACCCGAGACGAACGCUGACGACGAUACGGCUGCCCGCGACGACGAGGUGGAUCAUGGUUUCGAGUAUGAACCAGAGGACAACGGCAUCGACUACGACGCUGAUGACAACGGUAUCGACCACGACAACGACGACAACGACGACGGCAGUCGCAGCGCGCAAGAUGUUGCCGUAGCGUCCGUGGGCGCACUCCGACGCGAGGCCCUUCAGCAGCUUGAGGCAGAACUCGAGGCCGAGCUCGAAGCCGAGCCUGAGAGGCAGCCGUUGGCACACGGGACGAACGGUGGUGACGACGACGAUGACGACGUUAUGGGCAUGCUGCUCUCGGACGGGUCCGAUUCGGACGUCGACCAACACGCGCCGUCGACGCCCGAAGUGGCUGCUCAAGGGCUUGUCGCCAUGAGUGGCGGUGGCACGCGAACCACGGAUCCUGCGCCGCCGUCGGAACCGACACCAGUCAACGCGAGCGUCGUGCCCGAGCAAAGCGCCGCGAGUGCGGUACCGGUGGCCACAGACUUGUCGCUCUCGGACGACAGCGAUGCCGCGCCGACAACGACUGCCUCAGCGGUGCCUCUUGCCGGUGAUGACCGGAGGGCUCCGACCCGACUGGACUUGGACGCGGAGUUGUCCUUGUCGGACGAUAGCGACGAGGCAUCGGCGCCGCAAGUCGCCGCUGCCGCUGCGAGUACUCGUCCCCAAACGCCGUCAGCGGACCAAAUGCCCAAUGGAAGCAUCGACUUGGACGCCGAGCUGUCCUUGUCCGACGACAGUGACGCCGCGCCAGUACCGCAAGUCGCCCCUGCCGCUGCGAGUACUGGCCCAGCGGACCAAAGGCCCAGCAGAAGCAUUAACUUGGAUGCCGAGCUGUCCUUGUCGGACGACAGCGACGUCGCACCGGCGUCGAAAGCUGUUGCUGUGACCCCUACUGGCAGUGACAAGCCGCCUCCGACCCGACUGGACUUGGACGCCGCAUUGUCCUUAUCAGAAGAUAGUGACGAGGCACCGGCGCCGUUGCCCCUCACAACUGUCGUCACCAAAAAUGUCGUGUCAAGACCGAUGGCCGUGAUCGAUGGACCUAUGUCGGGGGUUGCAGUCGCCUCGAGCACAGCGGCAUCCGCCUUCAACUUGGACGCCGAGCUGUCGUUGUCGGACGACAGCGACGACGCAGACGCGCUUGCAACUCAUUCCAAAUCAGCAAGCGCCUUACCUCCACCUCUCGGUCGCGAGAACGUUGCGCUCGAGCCCAAAGCGACCAACCAAUAUCGCGUACCGUCGGUGGAGACCGUCAACUUGAGCGCAGAGCUGUCGCUUUCAGAUGAGAGCGACGCCGCGCCGACGCCCGAGGCAACGACGACAAGAGGGAUGGUCGUCAACGCCGCCAUGCCUCCAGCGGAACGCGCGAAUGCUCCGUCCGCAACGUUUGCCGUGUCCGCCACCGCCGCAGCCAACGUAGACCUCACCGCGACGCUGUCAUCCGGUAGUGACGGUGCUGCAAGAACGAGCACGGGAACCAGCUCGCCACGACAACGCGCGGCUGGCGUGAUCGACAGUCAUGCGACCUUGUCACCCUCCGAGAGCGGCGAAGCUCUCGUGUCGCAGCCCAAUGCACCCGUCGCGGUCAACCUCGACGCCGCGUUAUCUCUCUCUGACGACAGCGACGCGGCGCAAGCAUCAGCAGAGCCUGUCGAAGAAGUCGUCGCGUCGCAAGAAGCUGUCUCCGCAAACGACGAGCCCGCAAUCUCGGUAGCCAGCCCCAACACCGUCGUUGAGGCAGCAGCGCCUAGCUCAGUGGUCCCUGGCAGUGAAACUAUGGAUGCGACCGCGUCCGUCUCAAUAAGCAACGCGGAUCGAUCGCAACCGAGCGUCUCGAGCACCCCACGACAAGGCCUCGCGACGUCUGGUUCACCGGCGCGAGCGGACAACAACGAGAGAGCGUCGACGCCGACGCGCCGACCAAAGUCGACACCGGUACCGGCGCGGUCGUACAUUGCUGUCGACGCAGUCGACUCAUUGCCGGCGUCUUCAUCAUCAUCAUCGUCGCCAUCGUCGUCGUCGUCGUCGAGCUCCUCGGACUCGGACGACAUGCUGGUAGCGGAUCUCGAGCUCGGCGUCGUAGAGGCCAACGACAUGGCACCCAUCAUUGAGUUGCAUGCAGCGGCGGCUUUGGAUUCGGUCGAAGCGCAAGCAGAUGCUACUGGCCACGGUACGCCGGCCCCGCACGACGACGAAAUCGCGUGCGGAAGCUCCGAGGGGAGUGCCGACAUCUCGCUCUCGGACGACGACUCAGAGUUUUCCGACGAUGGCUACGAGAGCGACCGCCGCCCGAUCGAGCACGAGUACGCACCGGACGUUGCGCUGGUGGACGCCCCGAUGAACUACUACUCGUCCAGCACCGCCACCGAGUACUCGGACAUUGAGGUGGCUGAAGUACCCGCCUUUGCACCACACGCCUCGUUCGAGCUACCGUCGCGGCUCGUCGUUGAGGACGUGCGGCCGGUCGUUGAGAACGUGCAGCCGGUCGUUGAGGACGUACAGUCGGUCGUUGAACAAGUGCCACCGGUCGUUGAACAAGUGCCGCCGGUGGAGCGCGCGGAUGUAGCCCCGCCGAUGUUUGUUCCGUACAGCGGCGUCGAUCACACGGGCGCUCGCAUCCCCGGGACACUGCCAUCAUCGUCGUCGGAAGCAGACGAAGAGGAUGAAGAGGAUGAGAAUGAUGAAUACGACUUUGGCGGCGGUUUGUCGGGUGAUGACGGACCCAACGGUGCGGAUCCGGUGCCCGACGUCGGCGUCGAAGAAGUGGCGGCCGUGUCAACGGUACCCGCAGACACCGCCGAUGUCGCCGCGGCAAGCCACUCGCCGCUUCGCCCGCUUGACGUUGCAGCGGUGACGACCGCAACGCCGUCGACGCAGGUGCCCGAAGCAAGUCCGCUGCCAGAGCUCGAGUUUGUGAUCCAAGUGCCGGCGCUCCCACGGUUGGCCCAUCUUGCAUCGCCAGUGAUUGGCUACGGCGAUGCGAGCGGUCAUCCGCGCGACGGCUCGGACAGCAGUAGCAGUGACGACGACAGCAGCAGCGACGACAGCAGCUCGAGCUCUUCAUCGGCAGUGUCCGUGGCGUCUCGGCGGUCACACACAAGCAGUACUGUCCACGCAAGAACACUGUCGGAGCCCCAAGCACCGUCCCGGCCACCGACAACCAUGGCAGCAUCUCGGGGUGUCGCACCGAUGCAUUCCAAGACUGCUCCAUCGUCGGCCGUCAACUUGAACGCAGACCUGUCGCUGUCUGACGACUCGGACGACGAUUUCGCUGCCGAGCUUGAGCAAGAGACACUACCCGUGGCAUCGCCAGAGCGACAGCAAGGGGCCGCCGGUAAGAAGGCAGUUGCGCCGUCGACGAAGCGUGUUAUUGAACCUCCGCGCCGAUUAGCAAGCGUGGCCAAGGCAGCGACAAGCGCAUCACGUCUCAACUUGGACGCCGCUCUCUCCUUAUCCGACGACUCAGAUGCGGACUUUGCCGCCGAGCUGGAGGCCGAGACCGCCGCAAAGUCGCCAGUGACGACCCCGCGGCGUGUGCCAGCAACCGCAGCAGCCUCGUCAUCUACAUUCAACUUGGACGCGGAGCUCUCGCUCUCCGACGACUCAGACUUUGCCGCGUCUCUUGAGCGUGGCAACGUCAAGAAGACACCAGUGGCGACCGCACCGUCAGCUUUGAAUUUGGAGGCCGAACUCUCGCUGUCUGACGACUCGGGCGAUGCGCACAAAGCGCCACCGGCAGGCGCCAACGUGGCGUCCGGCGCUGUUGAGAGCAGCGACUCGGAUGCGUCGUUUCUCGCCGAGCUGCAUCGAGACAGUCCGCCGCCGCCGCCAGCCAAGCGAGGUCGUGGCCGCCCGCGAAAGCAGCCUGUAGCUUCGAUGGGUACUCCCGUGCGCAAGCGGCCGAGCCCAAGUACCGAGAAGCCCAAGCGCGGAAGAAAGCCGGGGAAAGCAAAGUCGCCUCCACGCUCUGCGCCAAGCAAAGUAGCCCUCGAUGAGGAACUGGCUCGGGAGCUCAUGGCAACAACACCACGUAUCCAAACGGCCGCGUUGGCAGAUACGCUGUCGGAGCUCGAGGACGAACUCGAGAGGGAGCUCAUGGCGCUGCCACCGCCAUUGGUUGCGCCACCGAAGGAGCGCCUGCGUGCACCACCCGUGGUCGACCGCCGCAGCACACCCGUCGCCCGCGUAGCGUCGACGGCAAUGGAGGACCGAUUUGCACCUGUCAAGACUACGCCGUGGAAGGUCUCGGGCGCGGCCCGGCCACCGCGACUCGGUACUGCGGCCCCUCCACCGUCGACGUCGCCCGGACCCGUGCAACCUCCUGUCGCAUUGGCGCCUCCACCGUCGACAGCGCCAGUAGGACCGGCUAUCGCGUCGACGCCAACGCUGUCGACCCCUCGCCCGGAGGCAACGUCGAUCGCGUCGACGGGCGUUCCUCGAGCUCCGGUGCAAGUGCAACUGGCUGCCACGGUACCGCGUCCUGUGCCGGUGGAUAUGUCGCAGCAGCACGUCAGUCAACCACCGAGUCCUACCGCCGCCCGAUUGCCGCCUAGCCAACGACAGUUGCCGGCUGUGCCUACACCGUCCGUGUCUCUACCUUCACAGUCCGUGCCUCGACCGGGACCGCCUCGACUCGGACCAUCGCAACCUCUGCCAGGCCCACCUCGACUAGGACCUUCGAAAGCGCUUCCGGGACCUCCUCGACUGGGUGGCGUGGGUCCGCCACAAGCCGCUGCUUCGCGACCGGUGCCCGCCCCUCGAGCACCCGCGCCAGUGGUAUCUCGACCGACAAAUCCAUCCGUCGAUCGCGGCUCGAUUACAAAGGCUGUCGUGCAACCGACGUCGCAGCGCGCACCGUCGGAACCGGCGACUGCGCCGGUCGUGCGACAGCCACCAGCGUCGUCAACUGUCCGACCAACGUCAGUGCCACGACGCCCGGCGGCAUCGGCGCCACCUGUGACGACUGUCCCGUCGUUUGUGCAAGCCAUCAAGAAGAUGGGUGCAACGGCUCGACCGGUGGCCGCCACGGCUACCGAGGAUACGUCCGAUUCGGAUGGUCUUGAUGCACUUGAAGCCGAGCUUGGCGUCACAAAAGCUGCGCCCGUGAAACGAAAAGCACCGACGCCGGCACCGACGCGCGUCGUCAAGCCACGACCAACGCCAGCAUUGACGCGGACAGCUCCUGCUGCAACACCUCGGACUGUUGUCGCUGCAACGUUGCCACAGCGCGUCGACGGCAGUGACGACGAUUCCGACGGUUUGGGUGCUCUCGAAGCGGAGCUUGGAUUGAAGCGGUCGACGCCGGUGCUGCCUCCGCCCAAGGCCCGAGCAGCACCAAAGGCCCGAGCCGCACCAAAGGCUCAAGCAGCGCCAAAGAUCCGAGCAGCGCCAAAAGAACCCAAGCCUCGAAAGGCGCCGGUACGCAAGGCCCCCGAGCAGCGCAAGCCACGUGUGCCGGUUCAGGCCGUCGUCUCAGAGGACUCGGAUGGACUUGACGCGCUAGAAGCGGAGCUUGGCCUUUCGUCCGCCGCUGCAAAACCAGCUCGCAGCGUCAAGAGUGCACCGCGACAAGCGCCAGCGCCUCGAACGCCGGUCGUGGUGCAGCCGAUGACGGUCGCAUCCGACUCGGAUGGUCUUGGCGACCUUGAAGCCGAGCUCGGGAUUGCUCCAACGGUAGUAGUCGUGCAGAAGAAGCGCGGUCGACCUCCAAAGGCCAAGUCGUUGGGCGCCAGUAGCAGUGCCGACGUCAGUGCGCCAAAGAAGCGAGGACGUCCGCCAAAGCCAAACCCUCUUACGACACCGAUGACGGUCGGAACGACACCGCCUGCCGUCCCGCAGCCCAAGAAGCGCCUGCCCAAUGCCAACACAGCACCGGCGCCUGCAGCGCGAGCUGAUGUCUCGGACUCGGACGACGAUGGUCUGGAUGCGCUGGAAGCUGAGCUCGGUCUCCCGUUUGCGCCCCAAGGUCGACCAGCGACGACGGCAACUCCGACUGCCCGAGCCCCAACGAAGCGCCCACUCAAGACCACGUUGUCGUCACUGCCUUUGCACGAAAAUGACAAAGGGCUUGCGGCUCUCCAAGGCGAGCUUGGGACGCCAUCUCGGAAGCGAAAGCUACCGACACCAGCACCUGCGCGACGGGUGAAACCAAAGGCAGCUACGAGCCGGGUCGCCAAGACGCCAGCGUUAGCCAAGACGUCAGUUCCGGCACUUAGGACACCAGCGCCAGGACCCAAUGCGCCAGCUCCAACAGCAGUCGACUCGGACGACAGUGGUCUCGAUGCCCUCGACGCCGAGCUCAAUUUGUAGUUUUAGCACAUGAUGACACAACACAAUUUUGCGAUCUUCCGAGGCGCGCACCGAUUGGCUGAAAUACUGUCUAAUACGUGUCGCUGAUUGGCUACCUUGA